AUGAACAGAUCAACAAUACUUCGCAGAGUGCUUCUUGCGCCACCUACCAUCCGCAGCUCCCUCGUCCAUUCCCCUCGAUCCUUUCAAACCGCAUUACCUCGACAAUACGCAGCCUCACCCGGUGUUACGGAUGGAUCAUUCUGGCGCAGUCUAAUACCCAAGCCUCUGCGUGGGAGCUCUCCAACCGCUGCGCUAAAGAAGAAGGCCAAAUCGAAAGAAUGGAACCCGGCCACCUUUUACAUCAUUAUAUUCCUGUUAAUUGGGUCCAUGUCAAUUCAAAUGAUUACGUUGCGGAACGAGUCUGCAGCGUUCACUCGGAGGGCUGAUGCAAAGAUUAGCUUGCUGAAGGAAAUCAUUGAGAGAAUCAAAAAUGGAGAGGAUGUCAAUGUAGAGGGGCUAUUGGGGACUGGGGAUAAGCAGAGGGAGAAGGAAUGGGAAGAAGUUCUACAAGAAAUUGAGGAGGAAAAUGCGACAUGGACAGAAUCACGAGAGAGAAACCCGAAACAUGAAGAAUCUACCCCACUUACCUCACAAGCUGCGAAUUUACCCGCAAAGCCAGAAGAACCUCCGAAACCAACGAAGAGUAAAGGUCCAACAGGGUUCUACUAG